AUGACACCUCUUGGUGAUCAAGACCAGCCCUACAAUGGAUCAUCAUUAAGGAGUUCAUGGCUUCAGAGGAAGUCCAAGAAUACCGAGGUUGAUGUCCGUAUCAUCGAUGAUGAAGUGAACAUCAAACUCGUUCAGCAGAAGAGGAUCAAUUGUUUGCUGUUUGUGUCAAAGGUCCUUCAUGAACUUCAGCUGGAUCUCCACCAUCUUGCUGGUGGGUUCAUUGGCGAUUACUACAGUUUCCUGUUCAACACCAAGAUUUUAGAAGGUUUCUCUGUCUAUGCCAAUGCAAUCGCCAACAAACUCAUCGAAGUAGUGGAGAGGCAGUAUGCAACUAUACCACCAAUUAGUAGCUAUUAG